GGUUCCGGUAUAAAGGCGGCGAGAAAAUGGGAACUAGCGGACGGAAUGUCGAGCCGACCGCCGGCGCUGUCGUUUCACUGCCGACAAUAUGAGAGGUUUUAUCGUCUGCUGUAACCGGGCGGCGGCGUAGAGGGCUUUUAAGGGGUGGACGCUGCCUGGCAGAGGGGAUAAAGCCGUUGCGUGUACGGCGCCCCUCCGCCCCCUGUCCGCCAAUAUGAGGACGCUAUUUGCAUUCUGUUGUCUCUUCCUGAUUACAGAGGGAGCGGAACGCACGGCGACGACCGGGUCCCCCCACGACAACGGAAACGACACGACUGCGAAGGUGACGGCCGACAGCAGCGGAAGGUACAUCAAAAUCGGCGACGGAUCUUCGCAGGAAUUCGAGUUCCCCGAAAACACUGACGGCGUGAUCGUCGUUUCCAGUCGGUACCGGAGCGCCGCCGCCAGCAGGAAGGGCCGUGAGAGCCUGAAGCAGACGGUGAGAGUGAACUCCCUGCACCCGGAGGUCCUCUCCAUCCUGAAUGUCACUGACGGCGGACACGCCGGUCCACUCAAGAGUUACAUUAUAAGCAUCCGCUCCGGUUUGCCGGGCCGGGCCCAGCUGCAAAUCCAGCUUCUUGAUCUGGACCAGGACUCUGUGCCGGUUCUGAUUGAGGAGAGGACGGACUAUUCCAUCAGAGUGGCGCCCGGCGAUGACGACGGAGCCGCCCGGCUGGCCCAGUCGGGCGGCUUGUCCCACUUCUCAGAGAAUCCCGUGCUGUUUGCCUUGUUGCCCCUAAUCUUUGUCAACAAGUGUGCCUUCGGGUGCAAGGUUGACGUGGAGGUGCUGAAGAGUCUUCUCAAGAGGCCGGUACCGUUGCUCCUUGGGGUGACGGGUCAGUUUCUGGUGAUGCCUCUUUACGCGUACAGUGUGUCCAGGCUGGCCUCGCUACCCAAGGCGUUGUCUCUCGGCCUGGUCAUCACCUGUUCUGCUCCAGGCGGAGGUGGGGGUUAUCUUUACAGCCUGUUGCUAGGUGGCGAUGUCACCCUGGCAAUCUCCAUGACGCUGGUAUCCACGGUAGUGGCAGCGGCGGCCAUGCCUCUGUCAUCGGCGCUGUACGGCUGGUUGCUGGGGGUCCAUGCUGCUCUGCAUGUGCCCUUCGUCAAGAUCCUGGGGACCCUCCUGUUCAUCGCCAUACCCAUCUCCCUGGGCAUGGUGGUUAAACUGCGGCUUCCUGCCCUCACUCGCAUCCUGCUAGCACUCAUACGACCCUUCAGCUUUGUCCUCAUUGUAGGUGGGAUCUUCAUGGCCUACCAAAUGGGGGCAUCCAUCCUGGCCAACGUUAGACCUCAGAUUGUGGCAGUUGGGGUGACCGUGCCCAUCUUUGGACUGGUGGUAGGGGCUAGCUUGGCAAAGCUGGCAGGACUGGCGUUACCGCAAAAGAAGACAGUCAGUAUCGAAGUGGGCGUCCAAAACAGCCUCCUGGCACUCGCUGUUAUGCAGCUGUCCUUCCGUCGGGCGGAGGCAGAUUUUGCAUCGCAGGCACCAUUCAUCGUGGCACUCAGUAGCACUUCAGAGAUGCUGCUGAUUGUUCUGGGUCAUUUUACUUACCGGAGGUUCUGUGGGACUGCUGCCCCCAUGACUGACACCUGAUUGUAGCCUGCCUUUACUGUUCUGGACUCUUAAAUAUAAUACCCCAAACCUGUGGGAAGAUGUUAUCCCACAGUCUGGGCUACAAAUCAGCUCAAGACAGAAGACACUCAAAAAUCAACAUUUCAAUCCACACUGUUGUUGUACACAGGACAGUGAGUGGACCUUUUCAGUCCAUAUGUGUAUUUUCUCCCUUUUUCUUCAUGAAAACCAAAGGCCUUUUAACCCUUCAAGACCUUUUGUUUCUUUUACACUGUUUCCUUUUUAAUUCAGAUUGUACUGUGUAGUACUUAAUGUAAAUAUACAUGAAAAGAGAAAUACUUAUCAAUGAAAAGAUAUUUUUCUACCAGAUUUCUGUUUUGUAAUUGGGGGGGAAAAAACAAGAGUGAUUUGUAUAACGUUUACUUACAAAGAGGUCCAUGUGUCUUAAGAAAAGCGGAAGGCUUGGGAAAAGUGGAAUUGCUGAACAGAAAUGAUAUUUUGAAAGUAAUUGCUACUGAUUGUGUUUCUUGGAUCUAAGAAUCCUUGUACUUGAAAUAUUAAACAGGAGAAAUAAGGUGAAAGAAUAAAACUCAUCGUCAAAAACAGUUUUCAGUGUGUGAAGAGUCAUUACAAAGAAGGCACUCUCGUCAAAAUGUUUUGAAUGACUAAAAGAUGACCUUAAGGCUUCAUGUACCCUUAGUUUUGGAGCACAUAUAACCAUCUUGCCUGGUUCCAUUACAAUAACCCCCUCGGCUGAUUUGACUUGUGAUGUUUGUCGAUGCAGGUGAAUUUGCAUGCCUUUGCCCUGCAGGACAGCGCUUGU